GCCAGAGAGAAGAGGAUCUGCUGAGCAAAGCCCAGGAGGAAGCCAGAUCCAGCAAGCUUGGGCUCAGGCCGUCUUCCUGGUCUCCUCCGGAGCCUUCCAGCUUUGCGUGGCUGCAGGGACAAAGAGCAGCAGCAGCAGCUGCUGCCGAAGCUUGGCUGCAAUCCUGGCCCCACUUACCUGAAUGAGGAGCCCACGAUUGAUUGCAAGAGGACUGUACAUCCAAUAGACUGCUGUGCAGGAGUUCAAAGGGAUAAAAAACUCUGUCCAGGGAAGGGCCUUGGAGUGCUGGAGACCUCUUGCAGUUGAUGCUGUUUUGAUACCUAGUCGUUACACUGGAGUUGCGUGAAAGACCAACCGAGAAAGCCAAAGCAGUCCUCUUGCUUCUCCUCUCUUUCUCAUCAAAACAGUGAGAAUCGCAAGACAAAGUUUUUUCCCCAGGAAUCAGCCUCUCCCAAGAGGGAAAUUGUGACCUAUCAUUUGACAAUUGAGUAAGGAGAGAAAGGCAUGAAGGAAGAAAAUUUGUUAUUGAGAGAGAAAGCUACCCAUGUCCUUAAGCCUGGAUCUAUGACAGAGCAAGCAGGUUGCGGGACAUCAAGAGGGCAUAAAUGGGAAACACCCAAGGGGGUACAAGAGCAAUGGGAAACCCAGUGGCAAGCGUCCCUGAAGGCACUCUGGCCUAUUGACAGUGGAGGGGGAAACCAAGUGACAUUGGAGAACACCUCAUGGGAGGACACCAAAGCCUUCCUGGCCUCCUUUGAACAAGUGGCCAAAGCCUGCCGGUGGCCUAAAGAAGAGUGGGCAGCCCGACUCCUUCCAGCCCUGAGUGGAGAAGCAGAGCAAGCCUUUCAAAGCCUGGAAACUGGAGACAAGGAAGAUUAUGGUAAAGUGAAGGCAGCCAUCUUGCGAACAGAUGGCCUAAGAAUGGAGAUGCAGCGCCAGCAUUUUCGGCAGUUCUGCUGCCAGGAAGUGGAAGACCCCCGAAGGAUUCACAACCAACUCCAGGAGCUUUGUCACCGGUGGCUGAAGCCAGAGAGACGCAGCAAGGAGCAGAUCCUGGAGCUGUUGAUCCUGGAGCAGUUCCUGGCCAGUCUCCCAACAGAUCUGCAAAACUGGAUCCGAGCCGGAGGACCAGACACUUGCUCCCAGGCUGUGGCUUUGGUGGAGGACUUCAUGAUGAGCCAGCAAGAGGCUGAAAGAAAAAAGUGGCAGGCCCAAAUGAAGGAUGAAUGUUUGGCCUUCCUGGAUGCAGAGGAAGAGCCCUCAGACUCUGCGGAGGGACAAAUCUAUGAAAGAGCUCAGAAAAGUGAUGGCAUGGAGAUCAAGCUGACGGGCAGUAGAAUCAAAUGUCCAAAUGAUUACAAUUCAACAUUUCUAGCUGAAGAGCAACCAGUGGUUCAAACUGAGCUGAGGGAGGGGGCGCCCGUACGAAGCCUUGCCUGCCUCUGCAGCUGGGCUGAACCCAGCAGAAGGAAGUGGAAAGAGAGAAAGAGAAAGAGAAGGUGGAAGGGAUCUUGCAAGGAGAAAGGCUUCCCUGGUCUCCCUUCCAGCCAGCCAUCCAAGGGUUGGGGGUCCUGCAAGCCUGGAUCACCCCCCCCCCCUUUAUUUGCAUCUGAGGCUGCAAAUGGGCAAACUCUGGCUCACACCAGCAUCUUCAUUCCUCCUGUUCUAGAUUUGAAAAGGCCAGCCAAAGUGAUGAAGGAGCAAAAAUUGCCAAGACCGAAACUAGAAGAGAGGCCAGAAAGUACAGGAAGGAUCAGUAAUUCAAUUCAAGGUGAAUAUGGGAGAAAACAACCAGGAUGGGGAAGAUCCCAGGAAGGCCAAGGGGAACCAUCCAAGGAGAUGCAACAACAUUGGGAAACCCAGUGGCAGGAAUUCCUGAAAACACUGCAGCCCAUUCGCACAAGAUGGGCAACCCCAGUAAUGCCAGAGAUGGCUCCAUGGGAAGAUGCCAAGGCCUUCCUGGUCUCCUUUGAGCAAGUGGCCAAAGCCUGCCGGUGGCCUCAAAAAGAGUGGGUGGCCCGGCUCCUUCCAGCACUGUGUGGAGAAGCAGAAGAGGCCUUUCAGACCCUGGAAACCGGAGAUCAGGAGGAUUAUGAGAAAGUAAAGGCUGCCAUUUUGAGAGGAGAUGCCCUGAGAAUGGAGCUGCAGCGCCAGCACUUCAGACAGUUCUGCUGCCCAGAAGUUGAGGAUCCCCAAAGGAUUUACAACCAAUUGCAAGAGCUUUGCCACCAGUGGCUAAAGCCAGAGAGACGCAGCAAGGAGCAGAUCCUGGAGCUGCUGAUCCUGGAGCAGUUCCUGGCCAGCCUCCCAACAGAUCUGCAAAACUGGAUCCGAGCCGGAGGGCCAGACACUUGUUGCCAGGCCAUGGCAUUGAUGGAGGACUUUUUGACUGUCCAGCGAGAUGCUGAGAGAGAGAAGUGGCAGGGGCAAUUGAAAGAGGAGUGCUUGGUUUCUGCAGGAGCUGAGGAAGAGACGUCUGAUGCGAUGAAGGGAGAGAUCUUCAAAGAAACCCAGCAAAAUGGUGACGGAGAAUUAAAUGCGCUGGGCAAUGGUAUUAAAUGCUCAGCUGCCUCACUUCCUCUGAAGGGAUUGGAAAUGGUACAAACUGGUGUGCAAAACAUGAGCGACACGCUGGGACCGAUGAACCUCAAGGAAACUCACUUGUCUUUGCCCGUCUUCAGUCAACCUCUGACCCAGCCAAGCCGACAGACCAUAGUCUGGAAAGUCCUGCAGGAAGAGCCAGGCAAUGCAAAUUCUUCGGGUGCUGAGAGUGGAAGUCAGAUCAAGAUGGAGAAUUCUCCCUGGAGAGGAAAUGAGACAAAGGACAUUCCCAAGAAAGCCCUACUGAUCAACCAAGGGGAUAUCCAAGGGACAAUGGAGAGGCACGAUGAAGGAUGUGAGUUCAAAGAAGAACAGGGGAAGCAUCCCAUGGGGACAGAGGAUGAAAGUAAUGAGUGUACUGAAGGUCUCAAAGCUGCAAUUGAAUAUCCAUUCAGAGAACACACAAGGGAUAAAAUGGCCACAUUCUCCCAGUGUGGUAGAAGGUAUCACUACAGUUUAGAACCUGAUAUGACCCGUACUUUGGAGGACCACAAAGCAUAUCUGAUGUCAGAAGAAUCAUGUCAGCAAAAUUCAUACCUUGGUGAACCUCUGAGCACAAUAACUGGAGAUAAUAAAUCUGAAUUCUUGGAGAAGGAAGAAAAUAAUUUGAACAGAGAUCAGAAUAAUAGUCCAGAAGAAACACUUGUUAACUCUCCUGAGUCUGGGAAUAACUUUAGUUUUAUGAACUUGCCAAAGAAAAUUCCAGGAAUUCAGAGUGAAGGGAGACUAUAUGAUUGUUCUCAGUGUGGAAAAUGUUUCCUGCAGAGAAGAAAUUUGAUGAUCCAUCAACGAUCUCAUUUUGAAGUUAUACCAUACAAAUGUUUUCAGUGUGGGAAAUGUUUCAGUCAGCAAAGAAAUUUAACAAUUCAUCAAAGAACUCAUACUGGAGGUAAACCAUACAAAUGCUUUCAAUGUGGGAAAUGUUUCAGUCUGGGAAAAUAUUUGAAGAGACAUGAAAGUAUUCAUACUGGAGUAAAAAUGAAACCAUAUAAAUGUUCUCAUUGUGAAAAAUGUUUCAACCAGGGAAAAGAACUAAAGAUCCAUCAGAGGAUUCAUACUGGAGAGAAACCAUACAAAUGUUCUCAGUGUGGAAAAUGUUUUAAUCAGCAAGGAAAUCUCAUGAACCACUGGAGAAUUCAUACUGGAGAGAAACCCUACAAAUGUCCUGUGUGUGGGAAAAGUUUUGGUCGGAGUAACCAGUUGAAGACCCAUCAGGGAAUUCACACUGGGGAGAAACCGUACAAAUGUUCUCAGUGUGGGAAAUGCUUCAAGGUGGAAAAAUAUUUGAAGAGACAUGAAAGACUUCAUACUGACCAAAUGAAAGCACUCAGUGUGAGAAAUGAUGCCAUCAGAGAACUCACCUGAACAGCUGUUAGGGAAUUUAUACAGGGGGGAAAACAUUCAAAUGCCUAGAGUGACAAUUGUGUGGCCCUUCAGAUGUUUUUGGACUGCAACACUCCACAGCCCUGGCUGGUGGAGCCACUGGCAAGGAAUGCUGGGAAUUAAAGUUCAACAUCAUUUGGCAGGCAGCAUGACUUUCAUUGCUUAUCUUGGAAGGAUUGACUCAUUUGACAUAAGCAAACUGACAACGGACAGAGGCUUUAUGAACACCAUAAGUGUGGGACACAUUUUCUUUGGAAGCAUGCUUUGAAACAGACAUAGCUUAUCCACUUCUGUCUCAUAAUUGAGGGAUUAUUGUCAUUCGUCUAUCGGGAUUUCCCUGGAGUUCACCAUCUGGUCCUCUGAGUGUCCAACUCAUGAACAGUGAUAUUGUCCAAACAGGAAAGCUAAUACCAACAGUUCCCUUAAGUGUACUUUAACACUUGGGAUUUCUGGAUCCUUUGUCACUGGAGAAUAAAC